AUCCUUUAAUUAAUUCAAGUAUCAUAAGGGAAACAAAAAAAAUGGGUUCUAAAGCAUUUCUGAUUCUUGGCCUUUUUUUGGCCAUAUUUGUAAUGAUAAGUUCUGAUGUUUUAGCUAGGGAGUUGGCUGAGACUUCCACUACUACUUCUGAAGAGGAUUCCAAGAAAUCCAGUAACAAAAAUGAAGUACAUGAAGCCGAAUAUGGCGGGUACCCCGGUGGUGGCGGUGGAUACCCUGGUGGUGGUGGAUACCCUGGCGGCGGUCGUGGUGGUGGUGGUGGUGGAUACCCUGGUGGUGGACGUAGUGGUGGUGGUGGUGGAUACCCUGGUGGCGGAUACCCAGGUGGUGGUGGAUAUCGUGGCGGUGGUGGUAGAUACCCUGGUGGUGGUGGUGGCGGCCGUGGUGGUGGUAGAUACUCCGGCGGUGGUGGACGUGGCGGUGGCGGUGGCCGCGGUGGACGUGGUGGUGGUGGCCGGAAGUGUUGUUCCUAGAUACAAAGGUGAAUGAAUAUAGUAAUAUAUAGUUAUCACCUUGUACUAAUUAGUGGCAAGAUGUAUUAGUAGUAAUAUUCUUGCUGCUUUUUGGAGCUUAUUGUAAGAAAAAAUUAUUAUCAUGAAAUAAAAGCCAUCAUGUAAUGUUUGUUAAUUAUGCUAUGGUAUGACAAUAUUUUACUUUGGUGUUUUACUUA